UGAAAGUGAAAGUAAAGUGUGAAACUCCACCACCCUUUUCCUCCGUUAUUUCUGGAACAGACGUCGCGUUACAUUCUGUUCGUUGCUAAAUUAGCCUUUCGACUGUUUUGGUUUAUUUUUCUAAACUCCAAAUAGUUUUAUUCACCAGGUACAAACAGCUUUACCUUGGAGUCAGACUUGUUUUGUUGGUGAAAUGAAGACCUUUCCGACCUCGGUGGUCUGGUGUUUUGGGAUUCUGUUCAUCAGUGUUUCAUUGAUAACGACAGGGUCGUCUGAGGUUCAGGUUGUUGGACCGGCUGACCCAGUCGUUGCCGUAGCUGGUGAUGACAUCAUUCUACCAUGUUCCCUGAAACCCAGUGCCAGUGCUAAGGACAUGGCAGUGAAGUGGACAAGAUUGAACCUGAAAGCAGAAGACGUCCACCUUUACCUUGACGGUCGAGACUCCAAUGUGGAUCAGUUUCCGUCCUACAAGGGAAGGACAUCAAUGUUUCAUGAAGAACUGAAGAACGGCAACGUCUCCUUAAAGCUGAUCAACGUUACUCUCUCUGAUGCUGGAAGCUACAGGUGCUUCAUUCCAAAACUGAACAGCCAGGUGAAGGAAACCACCGUUCAACUCAUUGUUG